AUGUCGCCCUUCAAGGCCAUGUUUGGCCACGAGCCCAAGUACUGGGGCAUCUCGGUGUCCACGUCAUGCUCAGUACCUUCCUUGUCGGCUUGGCUGGAAGAGCGCGCAGUCACGCAUAAUUUGGUGCAGCAACAUCUUCAUCGAGCCAAGAACUACAUGAAGAUACAUGCCGAUCAAAGGCGCUCUUUCCGCGAGUUCGAGGUGGGCGGUCAGGUUUAUCUGAAACUUCAACCUUACAUUCAAACAUCCAUUGCUCCCCGGGCAAACCACAAACUCUCCUUCAAAUUCUACGGGCCAUUCCCCAUCGUCGAGAAGAUCAACGCAGUGGCCUACAAACUACAGCUGCCACCACAGGCCACGGUGCACCCCGUGUUUCACGUGUCCCAGCUUCGCCGAGCUUUGUCACCUGGUACGACAGUUCAGUCUGAACUUCCUUACAACACUAAUGAUUUGGCUGUGCCUAGUGAGAUCCUACAGUCUAAAUGGCGCCGCAAGAAUGGAGACAUGAUCGAGCAAGUCAAGGUCCGAUGGACUGGUGCCUCCGACCUGAACAACACUUGGGAAGAUCAGCAAGCUCUGCAGGCUCGCUUUCCUCACGCAGCGGCUUGGGGUCAAGCCGCCACUCAAGGAGGAGGGGAUGUUAGCGACCCUGAUGGUGCGGACCCACAAGCCAGCAAGCAACACGAGGAGGAGGCGCGGCCCAGCCGCACCAAGAGGCCCAACCCAAGGUACACGGGCCCAGAAUGGGCCACGGCCAAGCCACGCUCUACUUAA